AUGUUACGCACAGUGAAACCAAAAAAUGCGCGCUCAAAGCGAGUGCUGCUCGCGCGCGAGCCGAAGGAGGUCGAGGACCCGCGGACGGCCAUCUUCGUGAACGGCACGCACGCUGGGGAGAAGGUCAAGUCCGUCAUGAAGGAGCUUAUGGCGCUGAAGCGCCCCCACGCGAUCUCCUUCUCGAAGAAAAAUGCGGUGCGCCCGUUUGAGGACGCCUCCUCGCUCGAGUUUUGGGCGCAGAAGAAUGAUGCGAGCCUUUUUGUCGUCGGGCAAACCACGAAGAAGCGUCCCGACGGCAUGGUCUUCGUGCGUAUGUACGAUGGGCGCGUGCUUGACAUGUGCGAGGUCGGCGUCGACCGUUUCGUGAGCAUGCAGGAGUUCAAGACACCGAAAUCGACGCCGGGACACAAGCCAAUGAUGCAUUUUGCGUCGGAGCUGUUCGACACACACCCACGGUUCAUGCAGCUCAAGUCGAUGCUGAUAAGUUUUUUCAACGGGGAAGCGAUUGAUUCGAUCUCCCUGGCGGGGCUGGAGCAUGUCAUUAGCGUGAGCGUGGGGCCGACGCCGGCGUCGCUCACGUCGACAGCAGCCGCGGCUAGCGCUACGCUCGGGCCCACGGCGUCGACAUCGACGACUAGCGACAGCGCGUUGCUACCAAAAGUGCAUAUUCGGGCAUACACGAUCCGGCUGCUUGCGUCGGGCGUGCGGACGCCGCGCAUUGAGCUUACACCGAUGGGACCGUCGCUGGAUCUGAGCCUGCGACGACACACAGACGCAGACGCAGAGGUGCUCAAACAGGCGUUGAAGCGGCCGACGCUGCGGAAGCAGGAGGUGGAGAAGGGGCUGGGGCGGAAGCGGAAGAACCUGGAGGUGGACGAGAUGGGCGACCUGCGCGGACGGAUUCACGUGGGAAAGCAGGAUCUGGGCAGGCUGCAGACGCGGAAGAUGAAGGGGCUGAAGGGCGCGCGGGCGGACGCCAUGGACGUGGACGUGGACGACGACGCCGACGACGACGCCGAUGCGAGCGGGUCAGAGGGGUCACGCACAAAACGGAGGCGGUCCGAGUAG